CGUGAAACCUUCCAUUGGACGGUCGACAGUAUCAAAACAAAAACAGCACGCUCACCCCAUCACAACCCCCGCAACAAAACUUUCCUUCCUUCGGACUUGCAGGGAGUUUAAGCUGCUUUGCUUUUCUGAACUCACUCGCGAUAGGAGACAUCUGACUGUCGCCGCCAGUAACCUCACAGCGCACGGAAGUGAUCGCGGCCCCAGGAUGGAGAACUUCUACACAGCGCGGGUGCACGGAUUUCCAAACUUGACCGGGGGACUCUCGGCCGAGCAGAUGACGCAGGAAGGCGCCCUGUCCCUGGUCGUGGUCCUUGGGAGCAGCGUAUCGCUCGUUGGUCUCGUCUUCGCCUUCAUCACCUACAGUCUGUUCUCCGACUUGCGCAACCUGUCCGGCACGGCGCUCAUGAACCUGCUGGCAGCGCUCUUCAUGGUGCAACUGCUCUACGUCAUCGGCGUCGGAGGCGUCCAGGACCCGGAGCUGUGCAUCGCCCUCGGCUUCUCCCUCCAGUACAUUCGCCUCACGGUCUUCUGUUGGCUCACAGCCAUGACCUACGACAUGUACAGCAGCUUCAGGGACAACCUGAACCUCGUGCCGAUGGCGGAUCCUCAGAUCAGCUACUCCUUCUGGAAGUACAGUCUGUUCGGCUGGGGUACGCCUCUGCUCCUGCUCGCGGGCGCAAUAGUAUUGCAACUACGCCAGAAAGCGGGCAACCUGCUCGACACAGCAAAAAUGCAGCACACCAACUGCUGGUUCCUGGACCACGACGCGUUCGUGUUCGGAUUCGUGUUGCCGGUUCUCGUGCUCCUGGUGGCUGUCAUCGUGUUCCUGGCUCGAAGCGCAGUGACAGCCCGUUUCACCGUCAGCAUGCAGGUUGAUCGCCGUACGCGCGAGAAGAUGCGACGGAAGCGGUAUCUGCAGCUUUUCCUGUUCCUCAAGGUCACGGCCCUCAUCAGCACAGUCGCGGCGCUGGGCGCACUCGCGAAGCUCACGGGGAUCAACGCGUUCUGGGUGGCGUUCAACGUGGGUCACGGCCUGCAGGGCAUCGCCGUGGCGCUGUGCGUCGCAUGCAACUGCCAGGUCCUCAAGAUCUACACGCGAACGAUGCGCAGAAGACGUCGUUGCAACAGCAGCGGCAAGGCUGCCAAGUACUGGCCGGUCGGACCAUCCUCGGAGUUGUCCAAGUCCGCCAGCCUCCAGCUCCUCACUUGGGAACCCACGCCGGACGCCGUGUAGCCAGAAGAAACUCCGAACACCAGGUGUCCCAGAGAUUCUAACCCGCGGGGAUGUUACAAGAAAGUAGUGGAUCUAAGGACGCUGAACACCUGCAUAAACUAAUUACACAGCGUCGUUUAUAAAACAAGGCAACAGGAUGAUAUCUAACUGCUGCAUCCCUGGAUGAGACAGAGGAACCUGCCGUGAAGGGCAUUAAAGCUUUAGGCUGCGGUAUACAUCGUGAAAUAGACGAUGAGGGGCUAAUUACUGCCUGGCAACAAACAAAUGCGAAGACAUUUACAGCACUGUUUCUAAAUCCAAUGAGAUUUCAUCUCAAGGUCACUGAACGACAUAUCACCAUUUAGCAUACAGAGUGCAGAAAUGAAUAAUUUCGGUAUGUAGGUCUAUAAACCCCCCUCCCCCCCCCAAAAAAAAAUAUCCAGAGUGGAGAACGUUGGUCUUUAGUACAAAGAUGUAAGACUUGAGGUUCUCACAGCGGUGAGUAUGAAGAUUUCCGUCUUCUGGGAUCUUGCGCCGUGUAGUCUGGUAGAAGCUGGCCGACGUUUCGGAGAUGCUUACCACUUCCAUCAUCACUGUACGACGCAACAUCCCAGAGGACAGUCGUGUUCACACCUGUUGCUGCGAUAACCUGAAAUUCCAUCUGUUUUUUUUAAACCUCGCAGGUUAUAAAGCAAAAUAGUAACGUAGAACAAACAAUAUCCUUCGAAUUCUGUUUAGAGUAACGCUAGCGACGCCCAGUGAUAACACAUGUAAUUACCAGUAAUCCCCGCCCUUCUGAUCAAUACGAAACGAACAGGAAAUUCAUUGGCAGUUCACUUCACCUCAUUGUAUACUCUAUUUCAUGUAGAUAGAAUUGUAUGAACAUAUCGCUGUUUGUGUGUCAGAUAACCACAAUAAAGCCAUUUCGAUAUUAA